ACGCAUAAAGAACCAUAAGGUCGUGAGUCCAUCCUAUCGUCAGUGUGAACGCGCGAGUCGAACAAUUCGUUAGCGCGCGAUUUUCCAAAGAUUCAAAAAUGUUUUAUUUUUUAGUCGCUUUGUUAGUGGCCAGUGCACAGGCUAAAUUUUAUACGGAUUGUGGUUCUAAAUUAGCUACUAUCCAUGAUGUGGGCGUCAGUGGCUGUUCCGUGGAUGCGAAGUCCUGUAUUCUUAAGAGAAAUUCCAAUGUCACCAUCAACAUUGACUUUACCCCUUCUAAAGCGGUUACUUCGGUAGAGACAGUAGUACAUGGUGUCAUCAUGAAUUUGCCGGUUCCAUUCCCGAUUUCACAGCCUGACGCUUGCAAGGGUAACGGUCUGUCUUGCCCGCUUAAGGCGGGCGAAAAACAAGCGUACAAAACAACAUUGGCGGUCCUCAAAGCGUAUCCAAAAGUUAGCGUUGACGUGAAAUGGGAACUGAAGACUGAUGCUGGAGAGGACUUAGUCUGCGUUCUGAUACCUGCACAGAUUAAAUAGAAGUCUAACAAUAGAUAUAAAUAAUAUUAUAUUUUGUGAUAUUUCUGUAUAGAACGUAAGAUGAAUAAUAAUGUGCGGAUUUUUUAUAAUAUAGGCAAUGUGAUGAUUCCAAUAUAUUAUAUUGUGUGCACUGUAUUGCAUAUGCAGUGGCAUUAACAGAAGACACUAGCAGUGCAGUGUCAGUAAACUGAUAACAUCCAAAAUCGGAAAUAACGUUACUUAAGGUUGCUUUGAAUUUUAAAGCAACUUUCAUUCGCGUACUUGAAGAUAUUAAUUUGCCUCAAACCUAUUUACUGCAUAUUAUAAUAAAGUUUGUUCUUGCAUUUCAGAAAGGUUUUAGUGAUUAUAUAGUUACCUAGUUCUUAGAUGAUAUUCAAUCAUUUUCAGCAAGAAGUUUUAAAUUUGUAAAAGUCUUGCCGUGUCCAAAGUCGUAAUAUAAGCUUUUAAAUAAAUAUUUCUAAUUA